AUGGCCAAGGACUUGAUACUCACGGUUUUGAAAUCCGGAAAAACCGCUAGAGAACUUUGGGAUCAUCUUCAAAAGCUUUUUCAAGAUAACAAAGGUAAUGGUGAUGCAACACUUGAAAGUAAAUUUUUCAAUCUAAAGUUUGUUGAUUGUGCUAGCAUUGAUGACUACUGUGACAAGCUUAAGUCAUUGUCGGAUCGAUUGAAUGAUCUUGACUUCCCCAUGAAUGACAAACGGUUAGUUAUCCAACUUGUCAAUGGUCUUCCGGAGGAAUACAACACUGUUGCGUCCUUCAUUCAACAAUCUAUGCCAACGUUUGAUGCUUCCCGUUCACAACUGCGCACCGAAGAAAUUCGUCGUACACAACAAACCUCCAUGGCUUCUUCUACAGGCCUAGCAGCCACCGGUUCCUCCACAGGACAGCGUCCUCAGCGCUCCGGCUACAGCAAGCGGAAUCAGCACCAUCAACGCCCUCAAACCCAACAGCUUUCAGCAUAA